AUGGCAAUCCCGCCACAUGUACCCGGUCCCGAUAAUCUCCGCCCGUUCACGCGCGAGUCCCUCGCGGCCAUAGAGCAGCGGAUUGCUGAAGCGGAACAGCUCAAGAUCAAACGGCAGCAUGUGGAAGUGCUUGAGGAGGAAGAGCUGAAGGCCAGCAGCGAUUUGGAAGCUGGGAAACCCCUCCCGCGCAUUUAUGGGGAUCUGCCUCCUGAACUUAUCGGGGUGCCCUUGGAAGACCUAGACCCCUUCUACAACGAUAAAAAGACAUUCAUCGUCCUAAACAAAGGAAAAGCAAUCUUCCGGUUCAGCGCAACCCCGGCCCUAUACAUGCUAGGACCCUUCAAUCCCCUCAGGAGAGGUGCCAUCAAAGUGCUUAUACAUUCAUUAUUCAGCAUGUUUAUCAUGAUCACCAUUUUGACCAACUGUGUGUUCAUGGCAAUGAGCGACCCGCCACCGUGGGCCAAGAACGUGGAAUACACCUUCACUGGGAUAUACACCUUCGAGUCCAUGAUAAAGAUAGUAGCCAGAGGAUUUUGCAUUGACCAAUUUACAUUCCUACGUGACCCAUGGAACUGGCUGGAUUUCAGUGUUAUCGUUAUGGCUUACACCACAGAGUUUGUGGAUUUGGGAAAUGUCUCAGCUCUACGAACGUUCCGUGUCCUCCGCGCACUGAAAACAAUCACCGUGAUUCCAGGGUUGAAGACAAUUGUUGGAGCUUUGGUACAGUCCGUGAAGAAGCUCUCUGACGUCAUGAUUCUCACCGUCUUCUGUCUGAGUGUUUUUGCACUGGUUGGCCUUCAGUUGUUCAUGGGGAACCUUCGGCAAAAAUGCAUUAGGUGGCCACCCCCUAUAAACGACACUUUGCAAGAGGACAUCUUCGGAAUGGACAAUGACAUGUUCGCUAACUCAACUCUCUCCAGCAACACAACUGGGUUGAGUAAUGGGACUUUUGACUGGGAUUCGUACAUCAACGAUGAAGGGAAUUUCUACUUUCUGGAGGGCUCACUGGAUGCUCUGCUCUGCGGGAACAGCAGCGAUGCUGGGAAGUGCCCUGAAGGAUACAUGUGUAUGAAAGCAGGAAGGAAUCCGAACUAUGGGUACACCAGCUAUGAUACAUUUAGCUGGGCUUUCCUUUCUCUCUUCCGCCUCAUGACUCAGGACUAUUGGGAGAAUCUCUUCCAGCUGACCCUUCGCGCCGCUGGGAAAACAUACAUGAUCUUCUUUGUGGUGGUUAUAUUCCUUGGUUCCUUCUACCUCAUCAACCUGAUCCUGGCUGUUGUAGCAAUGGCCUACGCCGAGCAAAACGAUGCUACCAUGCUGGAGGAGCAGCAGAGAGAGGCAGAGUUUCAGCAGCUCCUGGAACAGCUGAAGAAGCAUCAGGAGGAACAAGAGAAACUGUUACAAGACCGUAAAUCAAGUGGCAUCUCCCAGAGCACCAGUGCAGUGGACAAGAAGACGGGGGACUCUGCCCCAGCUGCAGCUGACAAUCAAGGCAAAUCCAAAGACUGCAACGGGCGAGUCAUUGCCAGGGUCGUGCUUGAGCACUCAGCGACAGUUGAGGAACCAAGUCCUGUGGAUAAGCAAGACAAGUCUGAUCCUGAUCACCUACUAGCGGGCAGCCAAAACGGGCCUGGUCUCCAGCAGAGAGCAGAGAGCGCAGUCAGCAUGGUCUCUAACACCAUGGAAGAGCUAGAGGAAGCUCGCCAGAAGUGUCCACCCUGGUGGUAUAAAUUCGCCCAGAUAUUCCUGGUCUGGGACUGCUGCCCCCUCUGGCUGAAGCUGAAGGCGUUUGUACGGCUGAUUGUGAUGGACCCGUUUGUCGACCUGGGGAUCACAAUCUGCAUUGUGCUCAACACGCUGUUCAUGGCCAUGGAGCACUACCCAAUGACCGAAGAGUUUGAGAACGUGCUGAGUGUGGGGAACCUGGUCUUCACUGGGAUCUUCACCGCGGAGAUGGUGCUAAAGCUCAUAGCCCUGGAUCCCUACGAUUACUUCCAGCAGGGGUGGAACAUAUUUGACAGCAUCAUUGUCACCCUGAGCUUGGUGGAGCUGGGCCUGGCCAAUGUGCAGGGGCUCUCUGUGCUCCGAUCCUUCCGCCUGCUGAGAGUUUUCAAGCUUGCCAAGUCCUGGCCGACCCUCAACAUGCUGAUAAAGAUCAUUGGCAACUCUGUGGGCGCUCUGGGAAACCUCACCCUGGUACUGGCCAUCAUCGUCUUCAUCUUUGCUGUGGUGGGCAUGCAGCUGUUUGGGAAGAGCUAUAAGGAGUACGUGUGCAAGAUCUCUCAGGACUGCACGCUGCCCCGCUGGCACAUGUACGACUUCUUCCACGCCUUCCUCAUCAUCUUCCGCAUCCUGUGCGGGGAGUGGAUCGAGACCAUGUGGGACUGCAUGGAGGUGGCUGGCCAGCCCAUGUGCCUCAUUGUCUUCUUGAUGGUCAUGGUCAUCGGGAACCUCGUGGUCCUGAACCUUUUCUUAGCUUUGCUGCUGAGCUCCUUCAGCGCCGAUAGCCUUGCGGCUUCUGAUGAUGAUGGCGAGUUGAACAAUUUGCAGAUUGCUAUUGGCAGGAUCACCAGGGCAAUUGACUUUGUAAAGAGAACUGUCCUCACACUACUUCACCUGCAGUGGAAGGAGAAGAGAGAGCCGGCCGAGGAACUCGAGGAUAAUAAGAAAGACAACUAUGUGCUAAACCACAUGGAUUCGGGCCAGGAUUCCAAGUCAGAGUAUAUGGAUGGAGUAGCUGGGAAAGAGCAGUUGUUUGUGGAUGAGCUGGACCACAUGAAUUUCAUUAACAACCCCAACCUGACUGUCCAAGUGCCAAUUGCCUCUGAGGAGUCGGACCUCUACGAUGAAGAAACAAGCACUCAGUCAGACACAGAAGACACCAAGAAGCCGCUGUCCAGAGGCAGCACGUCAUCCCUAUGCAGUACCGUGGAUUACAAGGCACCAGAGGUAGAGGCAGAGGAGGCUGCAGAUGAGGCUGCCGAGGGCCAGGGGCCCGAGGAGUGCUUCACCGAGGCCUGCGUGCGGCGCUUUCCUUUCCUCUACGUCGACAUCACAACCGACAAGGGGAAGAUCUGGUGGAACCUUCGGAAAACCUGUUUCAAGAUCGUCGAGCACAACUGGUUUGAGACCUUUAUCAUCUUCAUGAUCCUCCUCAGCAGUGGAGCGCUGGCUUUUGAAGACAUCUACAUUGAGCAGCGGAAGGUGAUCCGCAUCAUCCUGGAGUACGCUGACAAGAUCUUCUCCUACGUGUUUGUCCUCGAGAUGGUACUCAAGUGGGUGGCCUAUGGUUUCAAGGUGUACUUCACCAACGCCUGGUGCUGGCUCGAUUUUCUCAUUGUGGAUGUUUCCAUUAUCAGCUUGACAGCAAACUGGCUGGGCUAUUCUGAACUGGGCGCCAUCAAAUCGCUGAGGACUCUGAGGGCUUUGCGACCACUGCGGGCUCUGUCAAGAUUCGAAGGCAUGAGGGUGGUGGUGAACGCCCUGCUGGGUGCCAUCCCUUCCAUUAUGAACGUCCUGCUGGUCUGCUUGAUCUUCUGGCUGAUAUUCAGCAUCAUGGGGGUGAACCUGUUUGCGGGGAAGUACUACCGGUGCAUCAACACCACCACGGACGAGCUCUUUGACAUCAGCGAGGUGAACAACAAAAGCGACUGCCUGGCGCUGCUCCACACCAACCAGGUGCGCUGGGUCAACGUCAAGGUCAACUUCGACAACGUGGGCUUGGGCUACCUGUCCCUGCUGCAGGUGGCCACCUUCAAAGGCUGGAUGGACAUCAUGUAUGCGGCCGUGGACUCCCGCGAGAUCGAAGAACAGCCACUGUAUGAGACCAACCUCUACAUGUACAUCUACUUCGUCAUCUUCAUCAUCUUUGGCGCCUUCUUCACCCUCAACCUCUUCAUCGGUGUCAUUAUCGACAACUUCAACCAACAAAAGAAAAAGUUUGGAGGGAAGGACAUCUUCAUGACGGAGGAGCAGAAGAAAUACUACAACGCCAUGAAAAAGCUUGGAUCAAAGAAGCCCCAGAAGCCAAUCCCCAGGCCCCAUAACAAGUGUCAGGGGCUGGUGUUUGACUUUGUGACAAAGCAAGCUUUUGACAUCAUCAUCAUGGUCCUGAUUUGUCUUAACAUGGUGACCAUGAUGGUUGAAACAGAUGACCAAAGCCCAACUAAAAUCAACAUCCUCUACAACAUCAACAUGAUUUUCAUCGUCAUCUUCACGGGCGAGUGCUUGCUCAAAAUGUUUGCCUUGCGCUAUUACUACUUCACCAUUGGCUGGAACAUCUUCGACUUUGUGGUGGUCAUCCUCUCCAUCGGAGGUAUCGUCCUUUCCGACAUCAUAGAGAAGUACUUUGUGUCCCCCACCCUCUUCCGGGUGAUCAGGUUGGCAAGAAUUGGGCGUGUUCUGCGGCUUAUCCGAGGAGCAAAAGGAAUCCGGACUCUCUUGUUUGCUUUAAUGAUGUCUCUCCCUGCUUUGUUCAACAUCGGCCUCCUGCUGUUCUUGGUGAUGUUCAUCUACUCCAUCUUUGGGAUGUCCAACUUUGCCUACGUCAAGAAGGAGUCUGGGAUCGACGACAUCUUCAAUUUUGAGACGUUCGGGAACAGCAUCAUCUGCUUGUUUCAGAUCACGACGUCUGCCGGGUGGGAUGGUCUCCUCAACCCUAUCCUGAACAGUGGCCCACCAGACUGCGACCCGGACUUGGAGAAUCCUGGAAGUUCGGUAAAAGGAGACUGCGGCAACCCAUCCAUUGGCAUCUGCUUUUUCUGCACCUACAUCAUCAUCUCCUUUCUGAUUGUUGUGAACAUGUACAUCGCCAUCAUCCUGGAAAACUUCAACGUGGCUACAGAGGAGAGCAGCGAACCACUCUGCGAAGAUGACUUUGAAAUGUUCUAUGAAACGUGGGAGAAGUUUGAUCCAGAUGCCACCCAGUUUAUCGCGUACAACGUGCUGUCGGAUUUUGUAGACACCUUGCAAGAGCCACUCAAGAUUGCCAAACCAAACAAGAUUAAAUUAAUCACCAUGGAUUUACCAAUGGUCGUCGGAGAUAAAAUCCACUGUCUGGAUAUUCUGUUUGCACUGACUAAAGAAGUGCUGGGUGACUCUGGGGAAAUGGAUGGCUUGAAAGCCACAAUGGAGGAGAAAUUCAUGGCUGCCAACCCAUCCAAGGUUUCCUAUGAACCCAUCACUACGACUUUGAAAAGGAAGCACGAGGAAGUCUGUGCCAUAAAAAUCCAAAGAGCCUUCCGAAGGUAUUUACUAAAGCGGUCAAUGAAACAGGCUUCUUAUCUGUACAAGCAUAGUCAAGAGGAGGGCGCCUUUGCAGAGGGAGCGCUGGAAAAAGAAGGACUGAUCGCAGACAAAAUGCAUGAGAUUUAUGGGAACAGUGAUACACACCUGGAAAUGGCCCCAGGCCUGGCUCUUGUGCCAGGUGCAAGCCCAGAGACUCGAGCUGCUCCUAGUGAGGCGAAAAAAAGGGAUGGGGAGCGAGAGGUGAAAGAGUCGUUAGUAUAA